CAAAACGCGUUUUCCAAAUGUCGGUCGGCUUCAGUCAGUCAUUCGAGCAUUUAUAAAUUUAUAAUUCUUCUAUUCUACUUAAUUUUUGCAAUAAAAUAGCCUUACUUUAGUAAAGUUUUCAUCUUUUGUUACAUAUGUGUAUAGUUUAAAAAAACUGUGUAAAAAUGCAACCGACUUCGAUACUUCCAAAGUUAUCAGACACAACUCAAACGAUCUCCUUUUCGGAAGGAGAUGGAGUGUGCAGCUCUGAGGUGUAUGCCUCCGAAGUCAUUGUCACCACUAAUGCUGGUAACCACAAUCAUGGCAGCUCUAAAGUGAAGCUCAAAAAUCUUGUGGAUUACAACUGGGAGCCUAAGUUUUAUCCUGGUCAGCUGCUAGCUGUACAUAUUGGUGGGAAGUAUUUGGCUUAUUCUAUAAAAGCUCCCAACCCAGCCAAUCCGGGCACAUGGAAUGGUAUGGUUAGAGUGGUGUACAGUCCAGAGCCAGGAACUGAUAGACGAACUUUAAUCAAAGGGAUGAAGGGAGAGGUUCAAGACUUGGCCUUUGCCCAUAUUCAAAACCAAGUUGUGUUGGCGUGUAUUGACGAAAUGGGCAACUUUUAUGUCCAUGAAAUUGAACUUACCGAUAGUAGCCUCAAAGUGAGUUUGGUGGUGGAAGUGCGAGAGGACACUGGAGUUGGUGGUAACACUCAUCGUGUGGUGUGGUGCCCAUACAUCCCCGAUGAUGAGGACGAGGUACCUGACGAUGACGUCGUCAGGCUGCUGCUCACUACACACGGGAAUGUUGCUCGCAUGUGGAACAUGAAGACAGUGUCUGCGAGUGGGGGGCUAGAGCGUUGCGCGAGCGCGCGCGCAGCACUGGAAGGAGGCGGGGCGCGUGCGGCGGGUGAGCACGGCGGACCUGUGCUGGCUGCUGCCUUCUCACCCGACGGCACCGCCCUCGCCACUGCCGCCGCUGAUGGAUACGUUAUGUUUUUCCAGGUGUACAUGAUGAACGACAGUAAUCUGCGCUGCCUGCAUAAGUGGCAGCCCCACGACGGCAAGCCUGUCAGCUGUCUCUUCUUCCUCGACAACCACAAGAACUACAACACAGACGUUCAAUUCUGGAAGUUUGCUAUAACUGGUGCGGACAACAACACAUUGAUCAAGGUCUGGUCUUGCAAGUCAUGGAACUGUCUGCAGAGUAUUUCAUUCUCACCGACUAUCAAUGGCGAACCAACCCUGGGCCUGAAGGCAAUGUUGGACUACAGCUCCAGUUACCUGCUGCUGUCAGACUUCAAGGCCAGGAGUUUGUAUGUACUGAGCAUGGCGAGUGAUGUGAACGACGCCAUGGCCUAUUGUAAGAGCAUCUCCGAGUUCCUGUUGCCUUAUCCUGUGUUAAGCUUCUGUAUUGUGGAUGCUGAGGAGGAGGUGGUGAAGUGUGAAUCUGGCUGCGAGGAUCCCUUCCUCGGCAGCAGCUCCAGCGGUGAGAAUGGCGACUCUCCAGAUGAAUUUGAACUUCAUCACGAUGAGGAGGGUGUGCGGGAGUGCGGUGCGGGGGGCGGCGGCGGUGGGGGCGGGCGACGUGUCAGUCUGCGUCUCUACAUCGUGCAGCCCAAGGGUCUGCAGGAGGGUGAGCUGGUGUACUCGCCGCCCGAGGACUUCGCCCGAGGUCCGUUUUCUCACAAUACCUCUACCCGUAUGGUGACGGAGUGCGAGGAGAUGGGCAUAGAGGUGGGGCUGGAGGAGGCGACGCCCCCCGCCCCUGCGCCCGCGCCCUCCACCAUCCUGCAGCAGCAGAGCCAGCAGCUCAAGAACCUGCUCAUGAGGAGUCAAACGCAGCCGGGCAGCCUGAUGGGUCAGCGCGCGGAGUCUCCGCCCUCCAUACCGCCACAGCUCAACCUCAUGACACCGGAUGCUUUCAGUUCCCCGGGCAAGCGCGACGAAGACGACCCGCCACUGUCGGCAACUCCCGAUGUCGUCAAUAAAGCCUUGCCCACAACUAAUGGUCCUGAGGAAGCUGUGAUAGCAGGUGCGGAGGGCAAGUCUCCGUCUGGCGGCUCCAGCCCCAGCCUUGAGGUGCAGCAGAUCAUGUCGCACAACGAACAGACGUAUUACAAAGAGGAUAUGGAGGAGGUGGAUUGCGCGGUGACUGCGGAGUGCGGGGUGGGUGUAGGUGUGGGGGUGGUGGAGGGCGGCGCGGAGCAGCUGUUCCCCGCACCCGACGCGUACAGCACGCGCAACGCACACGGCAACUCUCCGCCCGAUAAACUCACGCGUACAAACAGCGAGACAACAUGGCCACAGAUAUCACUAGAACAGAUCACGGAAGCCAACCAGCGCAAGGCGUCCAGCGACAAGGGCGGGCAGAACUUGAGCACGCCGCUCACAGACCAGAUGAGCAACUUGAGCGCCACCACACCGCUCACUGCGCCGCUCCCUGCGCCGCUCACUGCGCCGCUCAAGCCCGCACUGAACCAGCCGCUCGGAGUGAGCGCCGCUCAUACCACGCUCAGCGAUGACGUGUCUCGAGCACGUCUAGAUGCACUCGAACAGAAGCUCGAUAAGUUAAUGGAGUUGGUGACGGCGCAGACGCGCGAGAUGCGCGUGCUGCGUGUGGAGGCGCGCGCACCCCGGGAGCUGCUGGACACGGCCCUGCACGAGCACUCGCAGCGCACCACCGCCGCCAUACACACCGCCAUGGCUGACGGUUGGGAGCGUAUCUCUGGUCUGGGCGAGGCGGCGAGCAAGCGUGCGGCGGCGGCGGCAGGUCUGGGCGCGUCGCGUGCGCUGGAGCCGCUCGCCAACGCGCUGCAGCACGAGCUCGCCGCCAAGCUGUCCGCCACAGACCGCCUGCUGCGCGACAAUAUUGACAAACUCGCCACCAGCAAGACAUUAAUGGAGCGACUGAGCGGUGCAAUAGCGACGUCCCUGUCUGAGAUGGUGCGCGACUCAUUCCGCGAGGCGCUGUGCGAGAGCGUCGUACCUGUCAUGGAGAAGGCGCACGCGCAGAUCUUCAGACAGAUCAACCAGGCCUUCCAGAACGGCACCAAGGAGUUCGCAGCAAAAACGGAGUCAGCGGCGCGCGCGGCGGCGGAGCGCGGCGGCAUGGCGGGGGCGGAGGCGCUGCGUGCCGCGCUCGAGAGACACGCGGAGGCACUCGCAGCCGCCACCGCCCAGCCCAACAUCACCGCCACCAUAAGGGAUGUCACCCACAGCGUGCUGGAGAAGGAGCUGGCGUGGUGGCGCGAGCAGGCGCGUAGUGUGGCGCUGCAGGUGUCCCGCGCGCACUCGCCCGCCUCCUCCGCCGCAGCGCACAGCGCCGCCGACAGACAGAAGUCACAUCGCACCACUCCGAGAAACUGCAUCCAAGAAUCAUUGCCAUUCCUAGUCAGAAUGCAAGUGGCCCAGAUCCAGUCGCUGAUGUCCAGCGGAGACGUAAACGGCGCAUUCCAGCUGGCGUUGUCGGCCUCCGACCUGGCGCUGGUGGUAGCGGCGUGCCGCGCUGCUGAGCCGACACGAGUGUUCGGUCCUCCCUGCAGGCUCAAGCAGAAUGUCCUGCUCUCCCUUGUGCAGCAGCUCGCUGCGGAUAUGCAGCGAGAUACGCAACUCAAACAUAGAUAUCUGGAGGAAGCUAUAAUGAACCUGGACACAACAAACCCAGUAACACGAGAGCACUUGCCUGUAGUGCUUCGCGAGCUGCAGAAGCAGGUGAUGGCUUUCCUGUCUGCCAACCCUGGGCAUACGCUGACGCGCCAGUUCCGCAUGCUGCUGCUGGCUGCAGACUCACUAGUGAAGGCGGCAGUGUGACAGCGCUGCAAUCACUGUGUCUGCAUCAGUUAUUGGACUUCAAUGCACUAAGUGUGGACUAUACAAGUGAUUUUACUAAGGGUUUUGACUACACUAAUACUUGUAUUUGAUACAUACAAUAUGUGCGAGAUGAUUAUAUGUGUCAAUACAAGACAUUGUAGUCAAAAUCUACAGUUAUAUACUACAUAAAUACCUAUGUAACAAGUCUAAACUGUAAAGUGACAGUGCAUCUAGUGUUAAAUGUGACUGUGCCUAGUGUUCAAGUUUAAUAAGUGCUUUGGCUUUGUGAUUAUAAGACUUUGGUAUUCUUCUUUUGUGAUAGAAGAAAGUGCAUACCAAGCCUUAAUAAGUGAGCAGUGAAAAUUGGAAAUUUAUUGAUUGAUAUUAUGUUUGAUUUUGAAUAUAUUUUUAUUUGGUAGGAAACUUAAGCUUGUUCAAUUUGUUCUAAAUUACGUUUUCUUGACACUGUGUUCUGACUUAAAGUUUUAUUUACUUAUAAUAUAUUUUUGAUACAUUAAAAGAGAAAUUACAAAAUUUAGAAAUAUAGAUUUCUAAAUUGUUUAAUACUUAUUUACAUAGUAAUAUGAAAGUUUGAUUUAUGUUUGCCUUUAGAAAUUGUAUAAACCUUAAAUACUCAGUCUCUGUGCCCAUGGAUAAGCAAUGAUUGUGAACUUAUAUAUAAUUAUGUUCCUGUGAAUGUCUAGCAAUAUUAGUAGAGCUAUAUAAAAAAACUGUAGUCACGCUAGAAACAGAAGUUGGCUAGAAACAAAUUAGGCUUAUCUUAAAAUGUAUGAGGUGAGGUAGCUUAGCUGCAUUAUAAGAUUAUAAAAGCUAUAACAUAUAUUUAUAACAUAACUGUAGAGUAAUUUUUAAACUACAUUUUGAAA